CCGUUUGUUCGGCGGCUGGAGUCGGGCGAGCCGUGGCCCUGGAGGGGUGAGUGGGCUCCAGUCGCCAGCGGCAUGCUGGAGGCGGGUCCGGGGCCUGCGGGCACGGGAGCGCUGUCCGGGCAGGAGAGCAGCCCCGACGCCGAGUUGGAGAAGCUGCUUCCGUUCCUGGGGCCCGGCGCGCGGGCGGAUCUGCAGGCCGCCGCGGUGCAGCACGUGCUGGCGCUGACGGGCGCGGGCCCGGGCCGCAAGCUGCUUGCCGGGCACGCGGCGCUGCUGCGGGCGCUGGCCGAACUGGCGGCAGCCCGGGCCCCAGCCCCCGCCCGUGACGCUGCCCGCGCGCUCGUGAACUUGGCUGCUGACCCCGGCCUGCACGAGCCGCUGCUGGCGGCCGACCCCGAGCUGCUUGCCCGCCUGCUGGGCCGCGCGUUGGACCCACAGUGUCCCUGGGCCGAAGAGGCAGCCGCCGCGCUGGCCAACCUCAGCCGCGAGCCGGCGCCGUGUGCCGCGCUGAUGGCCGCCCUGACAACCGCAGAGCCCGGGCUGCUGGGUCUGGAACGCCUGGUACGAGCGCUGUGCAUGCCCGGCUAUAACGCAGGCACCCCUCUGCAUUACCUGGGGCCGCUGCUCUCCAACCUCAGCCAGUUGGCAGGGGCGCGUGACUUUCUGAUGGACCGGGACAGGUGCGUGGUCCAGCGGCUGCUGCCUCUUACCCAGUACUCAGACUCCUCCGUGCGCAGGGGCGGAGUGGUGGGAACGCUUCGGAAUUGCUGCUUCGAGCACCGACACCAUGAAUGGUUGCUCGGUCCUCAGGUUGACAUUCUCCCCUUCUUGUUACUGCCUUUGGCAGGGCCCGAGGAAUUCUCUGAGGAAGAAAUGGAUCGGCUACCUGUUGACCUGCAGUACCUGCCAUCAGACAAGCAGCGGGAGCCUGAUGCUAAUAUCCGGAAGAUGCUCAUCGAAGCUAUCAUGCUGCUGACAGCCACUGCACCUGGUCGUCAGCAGGUCCGAGAACAGGGUGCUUACUUGAUCUUAAGAGAGCUACAUAGCUGGGAACCAGAACCUGAUGUGCAAGUGGCUUGUGAGAAGCUCAUCCAGGUGCUUAUUGGGGAUGAGCCAGAGCCUGGCAUGGAAAACCUGCUGGAGGUGCAGGUGCCUGAAGAUGUGGAACAACAGCUGAAGCAGCUGGAUGAGAACGAACAGCAAGAGCUGGCUGGAGAGUCGGGAGGGGUGGGGUCCUACCCACCUGGGACCCCUUUGGCCUGAGCACUAUCUCAGGCCCACCUUUGCCAGGCUUCCCACAGGGUUCUAGGGUGAUUGCACAGUAAAUGUUGAAAGGAUUGAGGACACUUCCCAAUCCUGUGCCUUUCUGCAACCAGCAGAAAUGAAGGCUGAUAACCACCUUUCAUCCCAGCACUCAAGAGGCUGAGGUAGGAGGAAUGUCAUGAGUUUGAGAUCUGGCUGGGGGCUACAAAGUUAGUUCCAGGACAGUCUGGCCUAGAGUGAGACACUACUUUAAAAAAAAAAUAAAUCUAAAUAAAUACAAUUCUGAGCUGCACCUUUGAGCCAAAGCCUGCCAA